AUGGCUGAAUCAGCUCCCACAAUCCAGCGCCAACGUCAACGCAAGUUUCAUCGCAGGUCAAGAAACGGCUGUUCCACAUGCAAGACAAAGCACAUCCGAUGCGACGAGAGAAAACCACUAUGCACAUACUGUCUUCGACAUGGUGGAGAAUGUGGCUACCCGGACGGAGAUGCUGAGUCUAGUACCCCGGAGCCCGGGCGUGGAUCCGGAUCCAGGGCUGGAUCUAGAGAGCCUCACGAAUCUGUCGAACCUUGCCUGCUCUUGGUAGACGCUUCUCUAAAAGAUCCGUUCCUAGGAACCUCGUACGAUAUACCCCACAAGUCACGGUCGUUAUUCCAACUCUAUGACCACGAGUAUGCCUGUGGGGCGGAGCUUGAUGUUCGAGAGAUUCGGCCUGACUCGUACGUGCCUAGCGUACACAAAGCCUUGUUGCAUCCCGGGUUCCUCCAUGCUGCGUUGUUAAUGACUGCCCUGCAUUGGGCAUGGUGCACUGGUGAUGUCGAGCACUUCCGAGUCCCUUACCUCUAUCACAAGCUGCAGGCGAUACGAUUCGUCACGGACCAACUAAGGAACCCGGACGCCGCCAUCCACGAUGGCACAAUAGCAGCCGUCUCAAGCCUCGCUCUGGUCGAGAAUGCCUUGGGGUCUGUCGACGCCGUAUCAUCUCAUCUACGCGGGCUCGCGAAGAUAAAAGAAUUACAAGGCGAAGACAGACGUCCUAGGAAGAUGGGCUUGCUUCAACGAAUGAUCCUAAUGGCAGCCAGAAGCGUUUCCAGCCGCCCCGUUUGGGAUAUCCUUGACAUUAGUCGAACAGACCUGGUACAUCAGUCCGUGAUAAUAUCACUGCUCCGAGUUGCACUCCGGCCAAUCUAUAGCCUGCGAAUGUUAGGUAGCUCGUACGAUUCGAAAGAGCCGCUCUCAGAAAUCCUAGCGAGAAAGGCACCUCACUCUCGAGUAAGCGAUAGUAACGCCUUAUCGCCUCUCAGAUCAGUCGAUAGUAGUAGAUCCGGGUUCAUAGCGUGCUACUUCUAUCUCUACGUAAUCAUACGUGAAGGCAUGGUUGAUUCAUUCAUACUUAAUUGGCUCAUCGAGCAGUUACUUGCGGACGUCUGCCGCACCGAGAUGCCCAUGCAGGCGGGCCAAUAUAGUCAGUCGCUCUGGUUUUGGUCUGUUAUGUUUGGUGCGUGCGUCACAAUGGCGGCUAAGACCAGUGACGAUCUCGAGAGGAAACAGAUCAAGGCAUACCGAGACGUAUAUUUGGACAAGAUCAACCUCGUGAGUCGCGUGCUAAAGAUCAAAAAUUGGGAAGCGGCCAAGUCGACACUAAGGCUCCUCGCCUGGGAGGACGACUUUGACGGAGAGACGGAACUAAAAGCAGUAUGGGAAGAGGCUGUCUGGGAAAGCGAAAAAGCAUCCCACAAAUGGUACAGCGGGAAAAGCGUCGAGUAUCAAAGGGCUAGGAAUUGCUGGUGA